CUCGUCUUCCCCCUCAUCUUCCUCGCCCCUUCCUCAGCUCUCGAUUUCUAAAGACAUCGCCAUGAUGAAGCUUGCACAUUUGUUCGGCUCUUCUUCUUCUUCGUCUUCGUCUUCCUCCAAGAAGAGGAGGAAGAAGAGGAGGAGCGGCGCCAAGAGCUGCUCCUUCGGCUCCACCACGUCUUCGUCGUCGUCGUCGUUGGCGGCGUCAUCAUCCGAUGAUUCCGCCGCCACCACGCCGAGAUCCGUGUUGCCGGCGUCGGCGGCGGCGUCCUCCUCCGGCACCAAAAAGCCGGCGGCGGUGGCCGUGACGCGGGAGGACCUGGAGGUGGCCCUGCGGAGGAUCGUGUCGAGCAAGGAGGAGCUGGCCGCGAUGCUCGCCGAGGCGGAGUGCGCCGGGGAGCUCGUGCUGGAGGAGAUCGCGGCCGCGGCGGCGGACGAGGGCGAGCUGAAGGAGACGUUCGCGGUGUUCGACGCCGACGGGGACGGGAGGAUCUCCGCCGAGGAGCUCCGCGCCGUGCUCGCGUCGCUCGGCGACGAGCUCUGCUCCGUCGACGACUGCCGCCGCAUGAUCGGCGGCGUGGACACCGACGGCGACGGGUUCGUCUGCUUCGACGAGUUCGCCCGCAUGAUGAUGUAUGGCUGCGCGUGAUUAUAUAUUGGUUACUAGGUUUUGAUCGAUGUACGUAAUGCAUGUUAAUCGAUCGUCUCCUGUAUGUACGUGUCGUUCAUCUGCUGUUCAUUGUCUCCACUGAUUUCUUUUGUUCUCUUUGUACGUAGUACGAGUUUCACAGAAGAAAUGAACAGAACGGUCAGUUUAGAUCGGUAACGUUUUUUUCCUUUA